AUGCCUUGCAAGACUGUUGGUAUCAGAUCAAUUAAGAUUAGAACCCAUGAUGGUAUUGUUAGAACAUUGAGCAAUGUCCGUCAUAUUCUAGAGUUAAAGAAGAACCUCAUUUCUUUAGGCACCAUUGACUCAAAUGGUUUUAAGUUUUCGGCUGAAGUGUCAUCCUUAGAUGAUUCAGAUUCUGAUACUACACGUUUGUGGCAUAUGCGGUUAGGGCAUAUGAGUGAGAGAGGACCGAAUGCUAAGGCAAUCAAUACAGCUUGCUAUUUGAUAAACAUAUCUCCUUCUACAUCAAUUGAUUUUAAGGCUCCAGAAGAGGUAUGGUCUGGUGCCCCUGCUAAUUACUCUCAUUUAAGAGUAUUUGGUUGCUCUGCUUAUUUUUAUGUUAAUGAUGGUAAGCUUGAACCUAGAAAAAAGAAAGCUAUCUUUCUAGGAUAUGCUACUGGAGUGAAGAGAUAUAGAUUGUGGUGUUCUGAUCUCAAGUUACCUAAGUUUAUUAUUAGUAGGGAUGUUACUUUUGAUGAAAAAUUUAUGCUUCACCCAAGAAAGGAGUUUGUUAUUGACAUUACAGGUACUGAAAAAGAGUCUACCAAGCAUGUGGAGCUAGAGAGCUCAUCUUCACAGAGAGUGCUUGAGGGCGCUCAUGUUGAACCAGUUGAUAUUACGGAAGGUUCAACUUCAGAUACUGAUACACCAUAA